UUGCCAACUUGGAUAAGAUUGUAAAGAGCUCUGCUAUUUUGGCUUCUAAUACAAGCUCUAUAUCCAUUACUCGUCUAGCAUCUUCAACGAGCCGACCCUGCCAGGUGAUCGGCAUGCACUUUAUGAACCCUCCACCUAUUAUGAAGCUGGUUGAGAUUAUUCGGGGUGCAGAUACAUCAGAAGACACGUAUUGUGCCACUAAAUGCCUGGCAGAGAGGUUUGGUAAGACAGUUAUCUGUUCUCAGGAUUAUUCUGGCUUCAUUGUAAACCGAAUUUUGAUGCCUAUGAUUAAUGAAGCCUUUCAUACACUUUAUACCGGAGUUGCAACAAAAGAAGACAUCGAUACAGGAAUGAAGCUGGGAACCAACCAUCCUAUGGGUCCUUUGGAACUUGCAGAUUUUAUUGGACUGGAUGUUUGUUUGUCGAUCAUGAAAGUUCUUCAUGUCGGUCUAGGGGACGAUAAGUAUGCGCCGUGCCCUCUCCUUGUGCAGUAUGUUGAUGCUGGUAGACUUGGUAAAAAGCGAGGCAUCGGUGUAUAUGAUUACCGUAGUGCUGCUGCAGACACAGGAAAAUCUCCUCGACUUUGAUAGCCUUUGCACUUGGAGUUUGUGAAACAACUGCGACUUGUUGAAGUAAGAUCCUACGCUGAAAUUAAAAAGGGGCACAAAAAAGGUAAAAUUAAACUUGGUUUCUUCGCGGCAUUCCCCUCAAUGAAGGCUUAUGGAACAAUGAUAAUCACUUCAAUUUGUGGUCAUCUUUGAAAUGAUUAUGGUUUGAUAAUAGUGAAUGAUGAUAUCCAUCCAUAUUUCAUCCGUUUAUUAGGUUACUGAUUCUCUAAGCUCAACGGUUAAAAAUCGUCUUCGAUGUUGUUACACAAAGGAGCUACCAAUUAUUUAAAUCAAUCUGCUGAAUUUUAAUUAUCAACAAAA